AACAUGAUCGUCCCUAGGCUACGCUGGUGGACGGGCGUUAUCGAGCGUCUCGUGACGGAAGCACAUGACCGGCAUAUGAGCUUUCUAGAUAAUUUCAUACUAUAAAGCCGUGCACAUUGCUGUCAUCAGCCUGCUCCACCACCAACACGAGAUGUUCAGAUACGCUGUUGUUGCCCUUCUUGUGGCCGUUGCCGUCGCCGCCCCUCUUGACCACGCCUUGGAUGGCGAGUGGGAGAUCUUCAAACAGACCUACAACAAGGUCUACUCCACGGAGGACGCUAUCAUCAGACGUCUGGUCUGGGAGAGCAGUCUGAAGUACAUCCAGCAACACAAUCUGGAAGCUGACCGCGGUCUUCACAGCUACAGACUGGGGGUCAAUGAGUACGCAGAUCUGACUUCUGAGGAGUUUGUGAGACAGAUGAACGGUUACAGAAUGGUCAACAGAACCCGUCGUGGUGCAACCUUUCUCCCACCCAGCAACCUCGGUGACCUUCCCACAGAGGUCGACUGGAGAACCAAGGGAUACGUUACAGAAGUCAAGAACCAGCUUCAGUGUGGUUCCUGCUGGUCCUUCUCCGCCACAGGCUCCCUGGAGGGUCAAAACUUCAAGAAGAAUGGACAACUCGUGUCUCUCUCCGAGCAGAACCUUGUCGACUGCUCCAAGCCUGAAGGUAACCAUGGAUGCGGCGGGGGUCUGAUGGACUUGGCCUUCGAGUACAUCAAGACCAACGAGGGUAUCGACACCGAAGCUUCCUAUCCCUACAAAGCCAGGGACGGAAGAUGCCAUUUCAAGAAGGCUGAUGUUGGCGCCACCGACACCGGCUUCACUGACAUUCCCCACAACGACGAGAACGCUCUUCAACAAGCUGUUGCCACCGUUGGUCCCAUCUCUGUCGCCAUCGACGCCAGCCGUCCCACCUUCCGUCUAUACAAGACCGGCGUUUAUAACGAGCCCACGUGCAGCUCUACCCGUCUUGAUCACGGCGUGUUGGCAGUUGGCUACGGCAGCAGCGGCGAACAAGACUACUGGCUUGUGAAAAAUAGUUGGGGCGCCAGUUGGGGUGACGCGGGCUACAUCAAGAUGUCCAGGAACCAAGACAACCAGUGCGGUAUCGCCACUGAGGCCAGCUACCCACUGGUGUAGAGUGGCAUCAAUCUGUUCAGCUUGUCCGUACAAGUGACGACCAGAUGUCGUACAUGAUAAGAGAAUGGAAUAAAAGUGUACAUACAUAUUA